UUGAUAUUUUUAAUCACAGCGCCAAGCAUUUAGAGAUUAUUUACAGGGAUGGCUUGUAGCGGCGUCGCUAAUGGCAGCCAUAAAACUGGCUAUAAAGCCCAUUCCCCACGGAGGGCUAUAGGCAGAGGUCUCCCGGUUCACUGGGAACCAGGGCAGUGAUGGAAAUCGGCAUGCCAGAGAGAGAGGCCUCGCAAUGAGGGCUGGCUGCCGGGGAGGGAGACGGGGUGCUAUGGGGUGCCAGGGGAUGUGGGAUAUCCAGACUGGCUGCAUUGAGCCGAGGGUGGUGCCCAGGCCCUUGCGUUUCUGGAUCCUGCUCAAUGGCACCACCAGGCUCAGGGGAAUGACAGUGCCACCCGCCUCCAGGAUCCAAGUUCGAACCCCCAGUGCGGGCUGGAGCAGGCCCCCGGCUCCAGCACGUGUCCCCCAGCAUUGGGGAAUGGGGGCUUUGCUGAGGUCCCUCUGACCUGUGUCCCCUGCCAAGGGGGUCUCACAACCAGGUUUCUGUCUGACAGGCGCUGGCCGCGUGAUGGAGGGGGUGGCGGGGCCCCCCAGCGCCCUGCCCGCGGUGCUGGCUUUCCCGGAGGGUGACAGCCUGGCAGCCCAGUUCCUGCGGGCCGAGCUGGAGUUGAACGCCCGCCUGCGGGAGCUGGUGUUCCCUGAGCCCGUCUGCUACGUGUACAACCCGCUGGAGUACGCCUGGGAGCCCCACCAGGACUAUGUGCGCCGAUACUGCCGGCCUAGUGCUGACGUCCUCUUCCUGGGCAUGAACCCGGGGCCCUUUGGCAUGGCCCAGACCGGGGCCGACCUGCCGGCAUCCCAGCGCGAGGCCCUGCUCCGGGCUUGCGAUGACGGCCUGGCCCGGGCCGCUGGGCUGCUGGGGGUCUCCCUGGUGAUCGGCGUGGGCCGACUGGCCGAGCAGCGGGCGCGCAAAGCGCUGGCCGCGGCUGGCCUGCGGGUGCGGGUGGAGGGGCUCCUGCACCCCUCUCCCCGCAGCCCCCAGGCCAACAAGGGCUGGGAAGCCAUGGCCAAGGUCCGGCUGGCUGAGCUUGGGGUGCUGCCCUUGCCCAGCCCCUGAGCUCUGCCCUGCUGCGGGGCCGGGGUCCCCCCUCAUCUCCAUCCUCUGCCCCGUGCCUCCAUGGGCACCCGUGUUUAUGGUGCUAGCCACUGGCUACCAGGCCCCCCAACUUAUAAGAUGGGGCUCACAGCCACACUACCCCCUCCCCCCCCGCCUUACAGCCCCCUCUCCUCUCACCCACUUAACACUACAUGCCCGGUUUCCCGCAGGGGCUGCUGGGGUUUUGGGGGCACCCUAUCUGCCCCCCUGGUUUCCAUCAUGGUGGGACUAGCUGGGCCAUGGAAGGAUAGUCUGGUGGCUAGGGCUCUUGAUGGGGCCACGGGAGGCGAGGGGUUAAGCCUCUCCUCUGCCGCAGCCUUCUGCUGUGACCAAGUCCCAGAGCCUGCCUCAGUUUCCCCAUCUGUAGUGGGGGGGCGGAGAGGAGGGGGUGCUGUAACUUUCUUACCCCCCUAAGGGCCCAAGAAGGCAGCACCCUUUAUUUUUAGUCAAGGGGCUCACGUCCCACUCGGCUUCCCGUGAGAAACCCUCUGCCCCGGGUCUCCCAGGAGCCUCUGUAUCUCCAGACCUGCUCGCUCUGAUUGCCGUACAGUCUUGCAUACCACGCACCCCUGAACAAGACUCCCGUUGUUUUGGAAAGGCAGAAUGAGGGAGGAAAAGGUCUGUCCUUGCUUCUGCAAUGGGCUGGGGAGGGGGAGCGGGAAGGGUGUCCGCAGUCAGCAGCAAGUACAGCCUAACUUUUACCCCCCCCAGCCCCAACAGGCAGAAACUGCUAUUACCAUACUUCCUCACUUAUACUCACCCCCCGAUUCCAGGAGUUGAAUCUGGUUGGCAGGAGAUGUGUGUUGUUUUCAAGAAUAUACGGGACUUGGGGGAAUGUGGCAGGAGGACAAGUGAAUUGCCCUGGCUUUGGCUGUGCAAUGGCCUGUUUCACUCCAACACUGAAGCUGCACUUGGGAGAGAAACGGUCUGGGUUGAAAAUCUGCUAUUAGGGUUGGCAAAGUCUCUGUCUCGGGGAAAACCGUCUCUGUCUUGGGGAAGACCUGGCUGGACGCUGCUGCCCAGCAAGCAGGGGGCGGGGGGUGUCGGGGAGCUGUAAUUGUCCUUCCUCUGACGACAAGGCAUUAAAUAUUUCUGC